AUGGCCCCUAUGAUGACAGACCCUCACAACGGGACAGAACUAGACUACUUGCCACCCAUAUCUCCACAUCCCGGCUACUAUAUUGCUCCUCAGCAUUGCCCCCUCCACCGUGCUGCUCCUCUGAGACAGCGAGCCGCCAUCGCCUGCAAGUACUGCCGAAAGAGAAAGAUUCGAUGUUCCGGCUACGAUAGUUCUCCGGAUGGCCGUUGCCAGAAUUGUGUUCGGUUCAACCAGCAAUGCUUAUUCCACCCGGUCUCCUCACAGGCCGUCUUUGUUCCGGCUUCUGCUGUCUAUGGCCCUGGGGUUGCGAGAGCCCCCGUUGCUGGUCGGUCUGAUAAUCACCCACGCCAAAAUGGAGAACAGCCUUACAUCCGUGACGGAGAACAGCCCGUGCUCUAUGGUGCUCAUGGACAGCCACUUGGUCCUGCUGGCCCACAUGGUCAACCUCAGUACAGCUAUCUUCCGGCGCCACGCCACAGCCAUUAUCCUCCCCAGCCAUAUCCUUACCAGGCGUUCCCGUACUCUCCCGCGGCCGGAGCACCCUACGAUGCACAUGGGCAGGCACUGCCUGCCCCGUAUGAUGCAUGUGUCGGUCUCAAGCGUCCCUAUCCUGAUGAUGACCCCCACAAGAAGAUUUCUCAUGCGCCCCAGUCUCCCCACCCCAACGUUCGUGCUCGCCAUGGUACAUAUGACGGGCGUGCCGACGGUAGUGGCAGUUAUGCAUACCCCUCCCCACCGAGUAGAGCGCCAGCCUCACCCAUGACCUCCACGCAGAACUCCGAUUCGGUUCCCGGUGACACAAGCAAUCAGACGCCGCUCAAUCAGGAGCACCUCGUCAACUCCUCCGACCAUGCCCGAAGGGCCAUGGAAGUCAGGAACCUGCUGGCAGAAGUUUCUCCUGGCGGGGCCAAAACGAACGUCGCGGAAACGACGGUGGAACGCUGA